GCGUGUUUGUUUUUAAAUACAUUUCGACGAUACUGAACGCUAUGUUUUAUUCAUAAUUUUUGUCUUCGGUAAUCUCGAAGAGUGUCAAUAGUUUUUACUGUUAAUUAGUGAUUGUUUUCGUUUGUUACAUUGCUACUAUCAUGAAUAAAAACAAAGACAAAUUGAACAGCUCGAACACGCUGCUACAUUAUUUCGCCAAAUCACCGGGAACUCCAAAACUUGCAAAACUUUUGCCCUCAUCGAGCCCGGCUAGAACGCCGGUCGGUGUGGGAAACAGCAAUAAAACUCCGAAACCAGAAAAACCAACGUCGUCUUCCGCAUCAGCGAAGGCCAAAAAGGAGCCAGUUAGUGACGAUGAAGAAAUUCAACCAAUGAAACGGCGCCGGAUUGUAAUGAACGACACUUCGGACGAUUCGGAUAGCGAAAAUCAAGCUAAGAACGAAAGAACUCCUCCCAAGGUUGUGGAUCUAGCUUCUUUCAAAUGGGUCGAGAAGGAGGAGGCUGCUUCGCCGGCGCAGAAAAAAAUUAAGCUUGAGACGGAAAGUUUGGAGGAAAAGAAUGAUAACCUGGCGGAGAAAGAGGAAACCAGUGCACCGGCUUUAGAUGAACCGACAAUUUGGACUCACCAAAAACUGGAUUUUCUGAAGCCUGAGAAAAUUAAGGACAUUCAUGGAAACAAAUUGGGAAGCGAAAAAUACGAUCCGAGAACUUUGUACGUACCGGAAUCAUACCUGAAUACGUUGACACCAGGAAUGCGACAAUGGUGGGAGCUCAAAUCUCGCCACAUGGAUUGUAUACUGUUCUUCAAGGUGGGUAAGUUUUACGAGCUGUACCACAUGGACGCGAUGAUCGGAGCUACCGAGCUGGGAUUUUCCUACAUGAAAGGUGAUUUUGCCCAUUCCGGUUUUCCGGAAACCGGGUACGACCGAAUGGCCACUUCGUUAAUCGAAAAGGGCUACAUGGUGGCGCGGGUCGAACAAACCGAAACGCCGGAGAUGAUGCAGGAACGAUGCAAGCGUACCAAAUCCAACAGCAAAUACGACAAAGUGGUAAAACGGGAGAUUUGUCAGGUGACGCUCAAGGGAACGGAGGUGUUUGGUCAACAGGUACAGAUGACGGUACAUCAUCAACCGAAAUACAUGCUGGCUAUAACGGAGCGUGCCAAAACUGGUGUAGGUAGCCGGUUCGGUGUUUGUUUUAUAGACACUUCAUUGGGUCAGUUUCAUCUGGGGGAAUUCGAGGAUGAUAUUCAAGCAUCGCGGCUGCUAACUCUUCUGUCCCAUUAUGGACCGGCUUUAGUACUGCACGAGCGCUGCGCAUCGUCACCAGGAACUCAGCAAAUUUUUAAAACCGUUCUCGCAGCUAUUCGAAAGGAACCUCUUACCAGUGGCUCUCAGUUUUGGCCAGCGGAAAAAACUCUCAAGUACUUGGCGGAGAACUACUACGGAAACUUCAGCGAUGAAAAGUGGCCAUCGAUUUUUCGAUCGUUGGUCGACAAAAAUGAUCAUCUCGGUCUUACGCCGGACGAUAACUUUCAGCUGGCACUGAAAGCCCUCGGAGGCUGUAUUUGGUACUUGAAGCGAUGUCUGUUGGAUCAACAGAUUAUUUCGUUGGCAAGCUUUGAACUGUACUUUCCACCAGAUAAUGUCGAAAUGCGAAAGGAUUUGAAAAUUGCUAACGUGCACCGAUUUAUGGUUUUGGAUUCGGUCACACUGAACAAUCUACGAAUUUCGGAAGGGGAACAAUCGUUGGUCGACCGAUUGGACCAUUGCUGUACUAAGUUUGGUAAGCGAUUGCUUCAUCACUGGGUAUGUUCACCAAGCUGCGAGCUGGAGGUAAUUGUCCAACGGCAGGACGCGAUAACGGAACUGCUGGAGGAUGUUAGUCUGCUUCAAGAUGUGCGGCAAAUCCUCGGCCAGUUACCAGAUUUAGAACGAAUGCUGGCACAAAUCCAUACCUUCGGGAACGCCGAACGACUCAAGGAUCACCCUGACGGAAGGGCAAUUCUGUACGAGGAGAACGCCUACGGUAAAAAGAAGAUACAUGAUUUUAUCAAUACGCUGAAAGGGUUCAAAUCGUUAACCAGCCUGUCGGAUCUGUUCUCCAAAGUAUCGUCCAAACUUCUGAUCAGGUUGACUCAAACCGAAAAACAAGGCGGAGCAUUUCCCGAUAUGAAGCAGAAAAUUCGCUUUUUCGAAGAAGCUUUCGAUCAUGAUGAAGCUCUGAAAGAAGGAUUGAUUGCUCCAGGUAAGGGUCUGGAUGCCGAGUACGAUGCCAUCGAACAAGAAAUUAAGGACAUCCAGGAAGAGCUGGAGGAGUACAAGCACGAUCAGGAAAAGUAUUUUGGCUGUAAAGUAAAUUACUUCGGAACGGAUAAGAAACGUUUUCAGCUGGAAAUCCCGGAAGAAUCUGCGAAGAAGGCCAACAGCGGAUAUACUUUGGAAGGACAGAAGAAGGGUAAAAAUGGAACGAAACGGUACCACACAGAAGAAACGCGAGAUUUUCUGAAACGAAUGAUGCAAGCUGAAGACAAGCGUAAAUUGGUUUUGAAGGAUUUAGCUCGGAGAAUUUUUGAGAAGUUUUCCAAACGUUACGAUAUGUGGAAAACUUGUAUCGAAUUAACUGCGACGCUGGAUGUGCUGACAGCCCUAACAGAAUAUGCCCGCAGUGAGGGCAAUACGUGUGUACCGGAGAUUCUCAGUGACGAACACGGUCAAAUUCUGGAAAUUGAAGAUGGAAUUCACCCCUGUGCCAGUGACUUGGAAAACUACAUUCCAAACGGUGUCAGUCUUGGCGCAAAUGGAGCACGCCUGGUUCUUUUGACCGGUCCCAACAUGGGUGGUAAAAGCACGCUCAUGAGACAGGUUGGCAUUCUGGCGGUAAUGGCCCAAAUCGGAUCCAGGAUUCCAGCGACAAGCUGCCGCAUGACACUAAUCGAUCGAAUCUUUACCCGUUUGGGAGCGAAUGACGACAUCAUGGCAGGACAUAGUACUUUCCUGGUGGAACUGAACGAAACAUCGACCAUUUUGAAACACGCUACCGAGAAGAGUUUAGUUCUGUUGGAUGAACUUGGCCGAGGAACUGCCACCUAUGAUGGCACAUCGAUCGCAGGAGCUGUCGUUAAUUUUCUAGCGGAUCUGAAAUGUCGGUCCAUGUUUUCCACUCACUAUCACAACCUGGUAGACAAUUUUAAUGAAGACAAACGAAUCAGUUUGGGUCACAUGGCUUGUAUGGUAGAAAACGAAGACGAUGAAGAUCCCACCCAGGAAACGGUCACAUUCCUUUACAAAUACGCGGACGGAGCUUGCCCCAAAUCGUACGGUUUCAACGCAGCCAAAUUAGCCGACAUGCCAGCUUGCAUUAUCAAACGAGCUCAUGAGCUCUCCAAAACGGUCGAAGCGGAAGCAUUGAAAAGAAAAAUUUUCACCAAAUCGCUCCAGCAAGCCGAUCCCGGGGAGGUGAAGGAAAUGUUACGGAAGCUCAAAGCGUGCCGCUUCUAGUGUCUGCCUGAGUAGACGAUAAAUUUCAUAAAAAUCUUUUGGUGUUGCUCUUACUAGCGAUCUGUAUACGGUAUUACUCUCUUUCUGCGGCCAAAUAAUAAACCUAGUAUUGACGUUCAUGUUGUCAAUGUAUUGGA